AUGGCCGAGCGUGCCUCUGUGCCGGCCGCGAGUGCCUACAGCACGCCUCCCACCGUCCGUCUCUCGCCGGACGAGCUCUCGCGGCUUGGCCGUCUGCUCUCCCUUACGGCGCUUCUCGCGCUCGUAGUGCUGCCUCUCGGCAUCCUCGGCGGCUGGGAGCUGCUCUUUGCGCCGCUCCACCUCUCGCCGGAGCGCCGAGCAGAGCUCUGGCUCGAGCCGCCGUUCUGCUGGGCCUACUUCCUGCCGCUCGUGCCGCCGCUCGGCCUGUACAUCGUUAUUGCGCGCUGGAGCGGCGAGAAGGCUUUCCGUCACUCAUAG